AAACCCCACUUCAUCAACAUAGUCAAAUUCCAUUCAGAAAUAAACCAGUAUAUUCACACUAUUAUCUAAGAAUGAAGAAAUCAAUCUAAGCAUAUACGACCAUUCACUGAGAUGAAUGAAGAAAUCAGUCUAAGCAUAUACAACCAUUCACUGAGAUUUUAAGACAAAAAAACAGAUAAAGUACAAGAAGCCCUCAUUCUUUUUAUUAUGUUUGUAUAAAUUUCUAUAUUUUCAAUAUUUGGAGCAAAUUGUCUUCUGAUAGUCAAUUUUGACCAAAUUUUUUAAUAAAAAUUCUAAAAUGCCCUUAGAUGCAACUAUGCAAGGAAUUUUUUUAGCACAUCCUUCAUGUGGACCCUAUUAAGAUGGUGCUACCGCGUGGACCCUAUUAAGAUGCUACCUCGUAAGGUUGGCUAUGCACAAAUUUUUGCCACGCACAUCAGCAAUUAAGCAGUAGUUGGCUGUAAUAUUUGACCAUUGAAUUUGUAUAUGACUGGCUUUUAGCGCCAUUCCGAUGGCCUUAUCCGAUCAAUUAGUUUUUGCUCAUCCUCUUUGCUUCUGUCCAGAUUCCCAAAAAAAAGAAAGAAAAAAAAUGAAGCUUCCUCUACUUGCAACCAUUAUCACCAUCUACCUCUUCUUCCAGUACCACCUUAGAUUUAUAGUCAGCAGUAACUCUGUUUCCCCAUAUCGCCCCUUGGAUGAUUUCGCCCUUAACUGCGGCUCUACUGGCAACUCAUUUGCUUUUGAUGGCCGGGAAUGGAUUGGAGAUAUCACCAAUUCUAAAUUUACUUCAUCACAAGUACUCAAAGGCAAAUCAACGAGCUCAAAAACCAUCCACCAAUCACUUUUCGUUGAACUCGUUCCCUACAUGACUGCUAGGAUCUCUCGUUCUCAAUUCACUUACACAUUUCAAUUAAGACCGGGUCAGAAAUUCAUUCGCCUGCACUUUCUUCCAGCUUCAUACCAUGGCUUCGAUAGAUCAAAAGCACUUUUCACUGUUAAAGCUGGUCCUUACACCCUUCUUGACAACUUCAGCGCUUCCCUUGCUGCUGAUGCUCUGGGUGUAAAAUAUUUUGCUAAAGAAUUUUGCGUCAACAUUGAACAAAAUCAAGUUUUUAGCAUAACAUUCUCUCCGUCUACAAGUAGUGCAACUGAUGAUGAUGUUUAUGCUUUUAUCAAUGGAAUUGAGGUCGUCUCCAUGCCCACUGGUCUUUAUUACUCUCCCGAUGAUGAUUUGGGUGCUCGUGUCGUUGGCAACAAGUUUCGAUACUAUAUUGAUAACAGCACUGCACUAGAGAUGGUUUACCGCUUAAAUGUUGGAGGGAGAUCCAUUUUGUCAGUCGAAGAAGAUUUGGAUAUGUACCGUGUUUGGUCCGAGGACAAGAAUUACAUGAUACAAUCAGGUGUAUUAUCAGUUACCAGUACCACAAAGGCUGUGAUCAAGUAUGCUAACAUACCCACCUACACUGCACCAAUGAAAGUAUACAGAACAUCUUGGUCAAUGGGUCAAAACAAAGUAGCAGAUCAGAUGCAUAAUUUAACAUGGAAAUUACCUGUGGAUUUGGGAUUCAGGUACCUGGUUAGGCUCCAUUUCUGUGAGCUUGAAUCCACGACCACUGAGAGCGGCAGCCCAAGGGAGUUUUCUAUCUUCAUAAACAAUCAGAUUGCUGAGACUAAUGCAGAUGUAGUGAAGUGGAGUGGUGGGUACGGGGUUGCACUAUACAGGGACUAUGUGGUGAAAAUAGAAGGAAACAAAUUCGAGGGCAAGCAUAAUCUCAUUGUAGCUUUGCAGCCCCAGCAUGACUCAGAUGCUGAUCCAAUCCUAAACGGUAUAGAAACAUUUAAGUUGGCCAACCCGGACAACAUUCUUGCCGGUCCCAACCCCGCGCCAACAGCACAUUCUUGCCGGUCCCAACCCCUGCAUGGAAAAUUGGUUUUAGCUUUCGGAAGCCACAAUGUAAUUACAACAGGUGUGAUACUAAUACUCACUCUCUUGAAUAUCAUAGUUUACCAGUUAAAUACUUGGGGAUCAAACUCUGGAGAAAAGAACUUAUCAUCAUCAACACUGUCAAAGGAGGGAGUGUGCAGACGUUUCUCGUUUGCAGAGAUCCAGUUAGCGACCAAUAACUUUGGUGAUGAAUUCAUCAUAGGGAAAGGCGGAUUUGGUAAUGUGUACAAAGGCCUUAUCAAUAAUGGAACCAAGACUGUUGCCAUAAAGCGGUUGAAAUCGGAGUCCAAACAAGGGUUUGUUGAGUUCUGGAUGGAAAUUGAGACCCUUUCGACAAUCCGGCACGAUCAUCUCGUCUCUUUGAUAGGCUACUAUGAAGACUCCCAGGAGAUGCUCCUAGUCUAUGAAUAUAUGGACAAUGGGAGUCUUGCUGAUCAUCUCUACCAAGCUAGAAGAAAGGGUGAUGUCAAUUCUCCUCUCUCUUGGGAACAACGGCUCAUCAUCUGCAUUGGUGCCGCACGUGGAUUGGCCUACCUUCAUACCAGUAGGGACGCCCAUCAUGGAGUCAUACACCGCGACGUGAAAAGCUCAAACAUACUGUUGGAUAAAAAUUGGGAAGCUAAGAUUUCUGACUUUGGGUUGUCUAAAAUGGACAAUGCAGGCCAGUCACAAACCCACAUUAGCACUGCCGUUAAAGGUACAUUUGGGUACUUUGAUCCAGAGUAUUUCUUCACUUGUAGGCUGACAAAGAAAUCCGACGUUUACGCCUUUGGUGUGGUAUUGUUUGAAGUGCUUUGUGGGAGGCCGGCGGUUGAUGUAAGACUUGAAGAGGAGCAACAUAGUCUAGCACAAUGGGCCAAACAUUGCAUCAGAGAGGGAACACUUGAUCGAAUAGUUGAUCCCAGCGUGAGGGAGCAAAUAUCGCCUUCUUGCUUGAAGGUGCUUGCCGAAAUUGCCACCAAAUGCUUGCACAAUAAUCCAAAUGAACGGCUUACAAUGGCUGGAGUGGUGGCUGGCCUGGAGUAUUCAUUCUCAGUGGCAAGUGGUGGGGAUGAGGUAUAUCCAACUGGGCAGAUCUUGCCCACCCACAAUUUGAGAAUCUUCACAUUUGCAGAAUUGAAAGCCGCAACUAGAAAUUUCGGAGCUGAUACAGUGUUGGGAGAAGGAUGUUUCGGGAAAGUUUACAAGGGUCGGCUUGAUGAGAGGGCGACAUCUAAGAACGGAAGUGGAAUGGUCAUUGCUGUCAAGAUGUUGAGUUCAGAUAGCAUGCAAGGAUUUGAAGAGUGGAAGUCUGAAGUGAAUUUCCUAGGAAGGCUUUCUCAUCCUAACCUUAUUAAGUUGCUGGGAUACUGUCGGGAGGGUGAAGAGCUGCUCCUUGUCUAUGAAUUCAUGCAAAAGGGUAACUUGGACAACCACCUUUUUAGAAGGGGAUCAGAUGUUCAGUCACUUCCAUGGGGCAUACGGCUUAAGAUUUUAGUGGGAGCAGCUCGGGGCCUGGAAUUCUUACACACGGCAGGAAAACAAGUAAUUUAUAGGGACUUCAAGACAGCGAAUAUAUUGCUUGAUGCGUCCUAUAAUGCCAAGUUAGCAGACUUUGGUCUGGCAAAAUUAGGCCCCUCUGAGAGUAAUUCCCAUGUGACAACACGAAUUAUGGGCACAUAUGGCUAUGCUGCUCCUGAGUAUAUUGCGACAGGACAUCUGUAUGUAAAGAGCGACGUGUAUGGUUUUGGCGUUGUAUUGGUUGAAAUGCUAACAGGCUUGCGGGCAAUUGACCCAAAACGUCCAACUGGGCAACAUAGUCUGGUUGACUGGAUUAAACCACGAUUAUGUAACAGAAGGAAGUUGAAGGGCGUAAUGGACUCCCGGUUUGAAGGGAAAUAUCCUUCCAGAGCUGCUACACAAAUGGCUCAACUUGCUCUAAGAUGUCUUCAUCAUGACCCCAAAGAAAGGCCAUCAAUGAAAGAAGUUGUGGAGAAUCUAGAACUGAUUGAAGCAAUUAAUGAAAAACCAAAGAUCUAGCCUAGCAACCUUUGUACCAUCGUUCCCAAGAGUAAGAUAAAAAUCAAGCCUAGCAACACUGAUCACCACUAGAGUGAUGACUUUGAUACUACACUUCCUAUGAAGAGCUCUUUGCAUAGAUGUUUUUGUUGGUUGUUUCUUACAUUUAACUCCCCUAUUUCCUCUAUUAUUCAAUGCCUCCAUAUAUGUAAUGAAUUUUGUUGUUGUAGUGGUGAUUUGUGUUAAGCAUUUGAAACUUUUAGCACUAAAACUUUAGUUAUUUCUGUAGUUUGUUGAGACAUUGUUGUUUAUGCUUGGGGGAAUUUAUUUGUAGUGACAAUUAGGAGCCCUAAUGGUCGUGGUGAUGAUGAAGGUCCUUAUAUUGCUUAAAUCAAGAGUUGGACUUGACUUCAAGGUAGGAUUAUUCCUGAGACUCUUCCAUCUGAGCAACCUUGACAGAUAGUCAUUUUUCUUUGUUUUAAUUUUCUUUCCAUGAUUCUUUUUUUGUGUUAA